AUGGGUGAGAAGGAAGGGGAUGAGGAGGAAUGGGUUUCUGGUUUAUUGUACAACCAGCCGAGUGUGGUGGCUGGUCGGACAGAUGUUGCUUCUGCGUCACCAUGGUCAGCUCUAAUCAUUUGGGAGGGAACCUUUGACUCCACACUGAUCGACUCCAUCUACAAACAACAAAAUCUCACCAUAGCAACCACUGUCUUUGCUUUGGGAAAAUACACACGUUUUGUCAAAGAUUUUCUGGAGUCAGCAGAACAACAUUAUUUUGUCGGAUUUCGAGUGCAUUACUACUUAUUUACAGAUCAACCAGAAUCAAUUCCUGAAGUGAAGAUAGGUGAAAACCGUAGUUUGACAAUUGAAAAGGUUCCGACUAUGAAUCGAUGGCAGGAAAUCAGUAUGAACAGGAUGGAAAAAAUAGAAAAACUAAUAGAGAAUGAAUUAUUCAAUGAGGCAGAUUAUAUUUUCUGCCUUGACAUAGAUGGAAAGUUCUAUGGCCGGUGGGGUGCAGAGACUUUGGGUCGUCUCGUAGGUGUGUUACAUCCUUGGCUCUUUAAUGUUCCAAGAAAUCAAUUCACAUAUGAGCGCAGGCCAGAAUCUAAAGCAUACAUUCCUGUUGAGGAAGGUGAUUAUUAUUAUGCUGGUGCUGCAUUUGGUGGCUUUUUGGAGGAUGUACAUCUUCUCACCAAAACCUGCAGGGAGCAUCUGAAAAUUGAUGCUGCAAACUCUAUUGAAGCAGUAUGGCAAGAGGAGUCUCACUUGAACAAGUAUUUCCUUUUGAACAAACCUAGUAAACUGCUCUCUCCUGAAUAUAUGUGGCGGGAUGUCAAUGAAAAAUAUGCCUUAAUAAAAAUAGUUCGCUACACUAAUGUACCUAAAAACUAUGCUGAAGUUCGUCCAAACCCGUAGAAACUGUUGCCAAUAUUCAGCUACACGUAAAUGUUGUGUUCUGACAGU